CGUUUUGAUUGGCUCUUGGUCUGUCCUACGCGGGGAUGACGUCGCCGUACCCGGAAGUGUGAGCGGGAAGGUGAAGCUAGGAGGAGAAACAUGGCCCGUAGUUUUCUGUGCAGAGCUGUCGGAGUGUUUCAGCUCAGCAGGACAUCAACUCAGCUGACAGGGAGUCGGUUUUACUCUCAGACUGAAGCGGAGCCGCUGACACUGAGACAGCAAAACAACGGAAUCAGGAGUAUAAUUUUAAACAACCCCAAGAAGAGGAAUGCUCUGUCUCUGUCCAUGCUGGAGUCCCUCAGAGAAAAUAUCCUCACUGAUGUCGACAGUGAUGAUCUCAGAGUUAUUAUCAUAUCAGCCAAAGGUCCAGUGUUUUCCUCCGGACACGACCUGAAGGAGCUGACGUCGACUCAGGGCAGAGAGUAUCACACAAAGGUGUUUCACACCUGUGCAGAGGUGAUGACUCUGAUACAAGACAUACCUGUGCCGGUCAUCGCCAUGGUGAAUGGUGUUGCCACAGCGGCCGGCUGCCAGCUCGUUGCCAGCUGCGACAUCGCCGUGGUCACGGAGAAGUCCACCUUCGCCACUCCAGGUGUCAGCGUGGGUCUGUUCUGCUCGACGCCGGCAGUGGCCAUCGGCCGAGCCGUGCCGAGGAAGGUUGCCAUGGAGAUGCUGUUCACAGGAACUCCCAUCUCCUCCCAUGAUGCUUUGCUGCACGGUCUGGUCAGUAAGGUGGUGCCAGAAGAGCAACUGGAGGAGGAGACAUUAGCCAUCGCCCAGCGUGUGUGUCAGGCCAGCCGACCUGUCGUAGCCCUCGGCAAGGCCACUUUUCAGAGACAAAUGGCUCAAGGUCGAGAUGCAGCCUAUGCCACCGCCUCCAAGGUAAUGGUUGACAACUUGGCUCUGAGAGACGGACAGGAGGGGAUCCGGGCCUUCAUAGAGAAACGCAAACCAGUGUGGAGCAAUAAAGCAGAAAAAGCUCAUGACUGAUUGACUGCUGGAGACUCGCAUGGUUUUCAGUCAUUGGUGUGGAAUAAUUAGCUCCAGUCCCAAGCUAAUGUAUGAGCUGUUCUGCAAGUAAAUGGUUGAUUUGUACAAGUGGACAAUUGUUGAUUCUGUCUUCCUUGAGGAUUUCUUCAAUUUUGCUAAACAAUUUUUGUGCCUUGAAAGCUUCAACGUGGAAAUAAGGAAGUUACCACCCAGAGGACUCAAGAUGUUUAAUGACAUAACAGAGUCAUAAAGCUAAUGGAGAAUAAGUGCUGCUCACUGUAUUUGUAUAAUGUUAAAUGAUGUUUAAUAAUGUUAAUAUGGUUGGAAUCAGUAGGACGUUGGGAAGUAAAAGUCUACAUUGCUUGUUGCACACUUUGUUGGUGAGUGAAAGUUUAACGAACAUGAAAAUGUCCUGGAUAAAUCAUCACCAAUGAUACCAGAAAACAUGAAAACAUCUGGUUCUUUAAAGGUACCAGUUAAUUCAUUCCCAAUUUGUCAAAAACUGAUGCUUUGGGACUUGGCUGCCAUCUCAAAGAGUCAGUUUUUAACAAGAUGGGAAACCUAGAUGACUGGGGAAUGAGAGUCAAAAAUCCACUUUUUCUCACAAAAAGCACCUUGAAUGAAAUGUCAAAGAUACAAGUUUGUGUGAUAAAUGUAAAAAAAAGAUGUUAA